AGACUGAGCACAUCAACUUGUUUUUCUGCAGAAAUAGAAAAGACAAAAGUCAAGCAUGUCUGAGGCACCGAAAAAGUCAAAGAUCUCUGCAUCUCGCAGACUGGCUCUUAAGACCAAGCUGCUGAAAGUAGCGGCUGGGAUGUUUGAAAAGGAAAAGGAGGACAAGAAGGCAGAGAGAGAGGGUAUUUUAAGGGAGAGAGUUCCUCCGCUUCAGCUGUCUGGUUUGUCCAUUCAGGACCUUCAGGCUCUAUGCAAAGAACUUCACCAUAAAAUAGAUGUUGUAGAUGAGGAACGCUAUGACAUUGAACUCAAGGUGGCCAAAAACACCACAGAGAUUGAAAAUCUUUCUGCAAAAAUCUUUGAGUUAAAGGGUAAGAUGAAACGACCUGCCCUUAAACGGGUAAAGAUUUCAGCUGACGCCAUGUUGGGAGCUCUGUUGGGUGCAAAAGUUAAAGAGUCUGUGGACUUCAAAGCGAACCUAAAGACAGUGAAGAAAGAGGAGGAGAAGAAAGAGGAGGUGACUGACUGGCGUAAGAACGUGGAGGCCAUGUCUGGUAUGGAGGGCAGGAAGAAGCUGUUUGAUGCUGGACAAUAGAUUCAUGUUUCAUGACACUUUGUGUACAGAUACAUUUUUAAGUAGUACAUGUCACAGCACACAAUAAACAAACUUACUGUUUAGGUUUAAAUGUGAAUGUGUGUGCAGAUAAAGAAAUAUAACUACAUUUUGCAGAAAGAGUUGCACUGUGUUAUGAUUGUCUGCUACUGGCACUUGUAAAAUGUAAAAAUUUAAACCAAUAACUGUAUACUUUUACCCCAGAAAGAAUAUAAGUAAGAAAAAUAUUCCUUUUUGUU